CACCAGUUGGUCUUGUCUUCGACUCUUCGUCCCUAAAUUGGGGAGAGUUCAAAUAGGCUUUCAGUAGUACCCGCCCUUUCUAGUCCCAUCCGACUAUCCCAGUCCCUCCUCAGCUGCCCACUAAUCAAUUCCACCAUUUCCAUUUUCUAUGCUUAUCAGGGACAUCCACCAAACAAAGCGAUGAGUACCGUCGAUAAGAUGCUUAUUAAGGGCAUCCGGAGUUUCGACCCGGAAAACAAGCACGUCAUCACCUUCUUCAAGCCCUUAACCCUAAUCGUCGGCCCCAACGGUGCCGGAAAAACGACGAUUAUCGAGUGCUUGAAGCUGUCUUGCACUGGAGAGUUGCCUCCAAAUGCGCGGUCUGGGCAUAGUUUUAUUCAUGAUCCCAAGGUUGCAGGGGAGACUGAGACAAAGGGGCAAAUCAAGCUGCGAUUCAAGACGGCUGUGGGUAAGGAUGUGGUAUGUAUCAGAUCUUUCCAGUUGACACAAAAGGCAUCAAAGAUGGAGUACAAGGCUAUCGAGAGCGUGCUUCAAACGAUAAAUCCUCACUCCGGAGAGAAAGUCUGCCUUAGUUAUAGAUGCGCUGAUAUGGACCGAGAAAUCCCUGCUCUAAUGGGUGUGUCAAAGGCUGUUCUGGAAAAUGUUAUAUUUGUCCACCAAGAUGAAGCUAACUGGCCAUUGCAAGAUCCUUCAACGUUGAAAAAAAAGUUUGACGAUAUUUUCUCUGCCACACGAUACACGAAAGCCUUGGAGGUUAUUAAAAAACUACACAAGGAACAAGCACAAGAGAUAAAGACAUACAAGCUGAAAUUGGAGAAUCUUCAAACCUUGAAGGAUGCUGCAUAUAAGCUUCGGGAAAGCAUUGCUCAGGAUCAAGAAAAAGGAGAAUCUUUGAAAAUUCAAAUGCAGGAGUUAGAAAAUUGCAUCCAAAUUGCAGAUGGUAAUAUUCAUCAUACUGAAGCAACUCUGAAAGAUUUGCGAAAACUACAAGACCAGAUAUCAACUAAGACUGCUGAAAGGAGCACUUUGUUUAAGGAGCAGCAGAAACAAUAUGCUGCCCUUGCUGAGGAAAAUGAAGAUACUGAUGAAGAGUUGAAGGAAUGGAAAACCAAGUUUGAAGAAAGGAUUGCAAUUUUGGAAACUAGAAUCAGCAAGCUGGAGAGGGAAGUGAAUGACACUGAGACUAAAAGUUCUUUUUUGAAGCAGUCAAUUAAUGAAUAUAUUUGGGAGAUCGGCAAGCUUCAGACAGAAGCUGAAGCUCACAUGUCCUUGAAGAACGAAAGAGAUUCCACCAUUCAAAAACUUUUUGGAAGACAUAAUUUAGGGUCUUUACCUUCUAUUCCCUUCAGUGAUGAAGUUGCUAUGAACCUCACUAAUCGAAUAAAAUCAAGGCUGAUGGAUCUCGAGAAGGAUUUACAAGAUAAGAAGAAAUCCGAUGAAAUUGAACUCAAGACAGCAUGGGAUCGCUACAUGGAUGCAAAUGACCGUUGGAAAAAUGUGGAUGCUCAGAAACAGGCUAAACUAGAUAUAAAGAGUGGCAUUAUCAAACGCAUUGAAGUGAAGGAAAAUGAACGGGAUUCACUUGAACUUCAAAUUUCUAAUGUUAAUCUUUCACAAAUUGAUGAAAAAGAAAAGAACCUGCGAAUCGAUGUUGAGAGAAAGACCUACCAGCUGGCCGAGAGAGAAUUUGAGUCGACCAUACGACAAAAGCAGAGUGAGCUAUUCGGCAUCGAGCAACAAAUUAAGACUCUUAAUCGGGAAAGAGACAUUAUGGCUGGUGAUUCUGAGGACAGAGUGAAAUUAUCUUUGAAGAAGGCAGAGUUUGAAAACCACAAGAAGAGGCAUAAAAAGAUACUUGAGGAAUACAAGGAUAAGAUUAGAGGCGUGCUAAAAGGGAGGCUUCCCCCUGACAAGGAUUUGAAGAAGGAAAUAACUCAAGCAUUAAGGGCUCUUGGAUUGGAGUAUGAUGACCUGAACUCAAAAUCUCGUGAAGCCGAGAAGGAGGUGAAUGUGUUGCAGAUGAAAAUACAAGAAGUUAAUAACAACCUGUCCAAACUCCGGAAGGACAUGGACUCGCGGAAGAGAUUAGUUGAAUCUAAACUCCAAUCCUUAGAUCAGCAAUCUUUUGCCAUUGAUUCUUUUGUCCAUGUUUUGGAGUUGGCGAAGGAGAAAAGAGAUGUCCAGAAAAGCAAGUACAACAUUGCUGACGGCAUGCGGCAGAUGUUUGAUCCUUUUGAAAGAGUUGCUCGUGCUCACCAUGUUUGCCCAUGCUGUGAGCGUCCCUUCUCUGCUGAAGAGGAAGAUGAAUUUGUUAAAAAGCAACGAGUGAAGGCAGCUAGCUCUGCAGAGCACAUGAAAGUUUUGGCUGUUGAUUCCUCAAGUGCUGACUCUUAUUUCCAGCAGUUGGAUAAACUACGCAUGCUUUAUGAAGAAUAUCUAAAAAUUGGCAGGGAAACAAUCCCACCUGCAGAAAAAAAUUUGCAUGAGCUCACUGAGGAGCUUGAUCAAAAAUCUCAAGCCCUUGAUGAUGUGUUGGGUGUUUUAGCUCAAGUAAAGGCUGACAAGGACUCAGUUGAGGCCUUGGUGCAACCUGUUGAGACUGCUGACAGAAUUUUCCAAGAAAUUCAAACUUUGCAACAGCAAAUUGACGAUUUGGAGUAUAAGCUUGAUUUUCGAGGGCAAGGUGUGAGAUCUAUGGAGGAAAUUCUGUCUGAGCUAAGUAGACUACAGAGCACAAAGGAUGGGUUGCAUAAUGAACUGGAGAAGUUAAGGGAUGAACAACGAUACAUGGAAAAUGACUUAUCAAAUAUCCAAAUACGAUGGCACAGUUCGAGGGAGGAGAAAGUAACAGCAACUAAUACAUUACGUGAUUUUAAAAAGGCUGAAGAAGAGUUGGAGCGCUUGGUUGAGGAAAAAAUUCAAGUUGAUCUGGAUGAGAAGCAUUUGGCAGAUGCUCUUGGCCCCUCGAGCAAGGAGAAAGAAAAACUACUGAGUGACUACAAUGUCUUGAAAGUUAAACUGAAUAAUGAGUAUGAGGAGCAGGCAGAACAAAAAAGAAAUUACCAACAGGAAAUUGAGACGCUCCUCAGAAUUGCUUCUAAAAUAAAAGAAUAUUAUGAUUUGAAGAAAGGAGAAAGAUUGAUGGAACUACAAGAAAAGAGAUCUCUAUCUGAAUCCCAACUUCAAAGAUGUGAUACUAGAAAGGAGGAAAUUUUAGCUGAACUAAACAAAAGUAAAGACUUGAUGCGGAAUCAAGACUUGCUGAGAAGAAAUAUCGAGGACAACUUGAAUUAUAGGAAAACAAAGGCUGAUGUUGAUGAACUUGCCCAGGAGAUUGAAUCACUGGAAGAACAAAUACUGAAAAUUGGUGGGGUCUCCACAUGUGAAGCUGAACUUGUAAAAUUGUCAAAAGAAAGAGAGAGACUUCUCUCUGAGUUAAACAGGUUUCGCGGAACUAUAUCUGUUUAUGAGAGCAACAUUUCAAAAAAUAAAAUUGAUCUCAAGCAGGCACAAUACAAAGACAUUUACAAGCGAUACUUUGAUCAGUUAAUCCAGCUUAAGACAACUGAGAUGGCAAACAAGGACCUGGACAGAUACUACAAUGCCCUUGACAAAGCAUUGAUGCGCUUCCACACUUUGAAGAUGGAAGAAAUAAAUAAAAUUAUAAGGGAAUUGUGGCAACAAACGUACCGAGGACAGGAUAUAGAUUAUAUAUGUAUUCAUUCGGAUUCAGAAGGUGCUGGGAGCCGUUCCUACAGCUACAGGGUUCUCAUGCAGACUGGUGAUGCAGAGCUAGAAAUGAGAGGAAGGUGCAGCGCUGGUCAAAAGGUCCUUGCUUCCCUAAUUAUUCGGUUGGCAUUAGCCGAGACAUUUUGCCUGAAUUGUGGAAUACUAGCUUUAGAUGAACCAACCACUAACUUGGAUGGCCCAAAUGCUGAGAGUCUUGCGACGGCACUCCUUAGAAUCAUGGAAGAUAGAAAGGGACAGGAGAAUUUUCAGCUUAUAGUAAUUACUCAUGAUGAACGUUUUGCUCAGCUAAUUGGACAGCGGCAGCAUGCGGAAAGAUAUUAUAGAGUUUCAAAAGAUGACCAUCAGCACAGUAUUAUUGAAGCUCAGGAGAUAUUUGAUUGAGAUGUUCUAAAUGAGUCAUAUUCCGUGUCGCCGCUCAUUCGGAUGAAGGCAGCAUAUCAAAGAUUUGAUGGGCAGGACAUGAUUCCAGAGGUAAAGUCAGAGUACAUGUAAAUCGAUAUGCUAUCUGGUUAGAGCUGUAUCAAUUUUUUUUUUUUAAAUCAAAAUUUCCUUGAGGAACUGUUUGUGCUUAACAAUGGUGGAUCUUCAAGAAUGCUCUGUUUUGUUCAGCCCGACUCUGGCCAUUUCUGGGUCUUGUGGGAUCUCGUUCAUUUUCAGAGAUGCAAAACAUGAAUCUCUAAGGUUGAAAACGUAAUCAUCCGAUGCAAAGUUGAUGUUAAUAUUUCAUCAUGUAUUGAAUAGCUCGUCUUUAAUCGUAUCUGGCAUUAAGCCGA